AUGAUAGGGGGCGGAGAGCUGUCGGCUUCGUCGAAAUCGGAUUCCGUUGGUUUCUUGUUCGACGAGCUCUCAUUGCGCGCUACAUCCGGACGCUUCCGUUGCAUCGUGAUGGGUGCGCAGGAGAAGGAGGAAGAAUUGAAAAAGAAAGAUGAUUCCCCUCCGCCUUAUGAUUUCGCCUAUGCACUGAGAUUUAAUGACGAGGCAUUACGAAGACUGUACAGUCACCAAAGUAUUCGAGAAGCGGUUUAUCAACAUAGUCCUCAGUUUGCGCGCUCCAUUGAAGCCUACCUGGAAAAACGCUUUGGCCCGAACAAAUGA